GAAAUAAGCUGUCAACCAUUAGUAAAAUUAUACGAAAAUUUUGUGAAUAUGUUUCUAUUUCGACGAACACAUACCGUUAAUCUUUUCUCACGGAAUGCACGUAUCUUUUCGACAAUAAAAAAUUAUAUUUCACAGGAAAAAAAAAUUAAUAUUAAUGGAGUAAAUAUCAAUUACCUGAAAAUUGGAACUGGCAAUCCAGUUUUGCUUUUACCUGGUGCUGCAGGUACGAUUUGGACAGAUUUUAAACCACAAAUAGAGGGACUUGAUAAAGAAAAAUUCACUAUAGUAGCAUGGGAUCCUCCAGGUUAUGGAAAAUCAAGACCACCCGAUAGAACAUAUCCGGAUGAUUUUUUUCAACGUGAUGCUAUUUGGGCAUGUGAUUUAAUGAAAGCUUUAGGUUACACAAAAUUUUCAUUAAUAGGAUGGAGUGACGGUGCUAUCACUUCUUUAAUACUCGCUUCAAUGUUUCCCGAUAAUGUUCAAAAAAUGGUUGCUCUUGCUGCAAACGCUUACGUAACACCAGAAGAAAAAGAAAUUUAUAAAAAAUACGGAACUAUUGAUAAUUGGUCUGAAAAAAUGAAACAACCACUGAUAAAAGUUUACGGAGAAGAAUAUUUACGAAAGAUUUCGUUUGAUUGGUUAGAGUCUAUUUUGAGGAUUUGCGAGAAACAAAACGAUGAUUUGUGUAAAGAAUCGCUAAAGAAGAUUAAGUGUCCUAGUUUAAUCAUUCAAGGAAACAAAGAUCCGAUGGUACUCAUUGAACAUGCAAGUUACUUGAAAGAUCAUAUUGUUGGAUCGAAGAUAAAGAUUUUCGAAAAAGGUGCACAUAAUUUACAUUUACGAUAUUCAGAAGAAUUCAAUAAUAUCGUUACCAAAUUCUUAAUUGAAUAAUUAAAUAUAUAUAAUAUAAUUAUAAAAUAAUUUACAAUAUAAUUUUUGUUAUACAUAAAUAUGUUAUGUUUUUUAUAAUUUUUAUAUUAUAAAAUAAAUUUAUAUAUUAUAAAAUAAUAUAUAAUAUAUAAAAAAAAAUAUAUAUAAUAUAUAAUUUAAUAUAUAUUGCAUAGUAAACUUUUAGGAAUAAUAAUAGAAGAAUAGAAUAAUAAUAAUAAUAAUAAUAGAAUAUUUUUUUUUAUUUAAAAUAUUUAUUCUUAUAAUAAUCAUAGAUGUAAAAACUUUUUUUUUUUAUAUCUUUGAACACCAUUUAUCUUAUACUAUGCUGACAGCAUAGAGGACACACGUGGGAUAACCGGCACAGAAAUCAAGUCAGAGAAAGGAGCUAUAAAAUCACGUGGGCGAUGAAGGUUUUCCAUAGGCUUACCUCUUUCGGCAAAAGACGCUUCCAAAUAACGUUUCCGUCUUUUGAAUUGAAAAUCAAUCCUUAAUCAAUCUUUUGAAUUCGUUAGUUUUUAAUAUAUAUAUAUAUAUAUAUAUAUUAUUGAUUGAAUUAUUAAAUAAAGUAAAAAUCACAAUAUAAUUAAUGUGAGGAGAAAAAUGAAAUUCGCAUUCUAAAAUGAGCAUUUCGACAUUAAUACAAUUCACUACGAACGUCAAGAACCGCCCAUCCGAAAUACCUGCAAUGCGCUUCGGACGAAAAUCGAUCGUGUUCCUGGUCUCGGCUACGCCCCAAAGAACCAUUUGCCAGGAAUUUACCAAUGAAAUAUGUUUUAUCCUUUACUAAUAGAAUUAUAUUAUAUUAUUAUAUAUUACAUAUUAUACUAUUUUAUUUAAUUUUUUUUUUUUCAGAUUUUAUUUUCUGCUUCAAUAGUAAAAAAUAUGCUUCAAUAACAGGGUAAAUAAAAAUAAAAAACUUUGAAACAAAUGAAUGCUUAAGAUUCAUCGAGACAUUAUCUGAAUGCAGAUAGAAAGUGGUCUUGUGCCACUUAUUGUGCUUGUCGAGAAUACUCGCACAAAUAUUCAUGGAAUAUUUCUCUAAUCUCUACAAAUGUUUACCAUUAAUUUUAACUAAUAUAUGUACAAAAUUAUAUUAAAAAAUUAUAUUACGCAAGUUCAAUCAAUUACAAACAACGAAAGGAAAUGGAUAGAAAACGUGACAUAUAAAAUGCAGUAUAUCCAAACAUGGACAUACUGCUUCGUGAUUCGAUCGUGUGAACCUCUCCUUAUUUUUUACCUUCUUUUAUCGCGUUUCUUUUUCGCAAUAAAUAUUUUACGAGUCAUAUUACAUCUUCUAAAUAUGCAAUUUUGAGAAGAACAGGAUAAAUUUUAAUACCAUUUAAAAUAACACUUUCAUGUAAAAUUCUACGUGAUGAAAAUAUAAAAAUAUUUUUAAAAAAAUGAUGACGCGAAUCACAUUUUAUUGAAUUUCUGAGAACAUUAUUAGAUAAAGUUACUCUAUAAACAAAUACGAACGAAAACCGAAUAUGUAAAUGUCUUUCCCGUUUUGGAAAUGCGACAUCGUGUUACGAUGAUAUCACCGUAAAGUGUUACUCAAUAACCAGACCGGUCGCAGAAUUGGAUAUUCUCAGUUUUCUAAUUGAUAAUUGUAAUUUUAAAACAAUUUCUACUUCUAAUCUCUUGUAACGUGUCCAAAUGAUAAGCUUAAUAUCUGUGAAUUUUUAUCCAGUCUAUGAUCAAAAUCCUGACAGGAAUGGACGAUGUUUGAGCAAACAAAAAAUAAAGCGAAACAAAUGUGGGAAAUGAGAAAUAGAAAAAUAAGGAUAAAAAUUGAAAUACGGAAAGAAAACAGGAUUCGUAAGAGAAAAGGAGGGGAGAUCGAGAAGAGCAACUGGGUGACUCACAAUCAGAUUUCGAAGCUACCGUUAUCGAGUUGAUUCCCUUGAUCCACGACUCCGCCGCGAUGUAUCCGUACUCUGUCCAAAGUAGAAAACGACACCAUUUACGGCAACUUGCGGCUCCGUUGUUACUCGUUUUCAGACUCGUAUCACACAAGAUCAUUCGAGAAAGUAGUCGUAUGUCAAAAUCUUGUCCUCGAUACAACUCGGCCACCCCUACUGGUCCUCGCAUGAAAAUCUUUGCGACGGGAUAUUUCGAAUAUUUUUGCAAUAAAUAAUCUAUAAAAUAUAAGGUUAUAAAAUAUUUUCGAAUCUGAAUUAUAAAAAAAAGAUAUUACUUUCAAGGGUGAUAGCUCUAUGUAAUUGAGACACGUCGAGACGGAUAUACGGCUGCGGAAAUAUUUAGACGUGUUUGUCGUGCACGACGUCCUCGGGAUCAAUAAAAGUUGAGGCGGGGCAAGGUUUGGUACGUCUGUCGCGUCGUUCCGACUCGGUUCUUCCAAAUUAUCCUCAUUCGCCGAUGUUCAUGUCAUCGAUAGUAUUAAUCUACCUUCGAAUGCAUAAAUGUGUAAUUAAUAUUUUUCUUAUCUUAUUUUAUUUGUUUGUAUGCUCAACUAAAUAGAUCGAUGGAAAUAAUUCUUAUUUCAAAUUUCUUCAAUUCAUUGUUAUGAUUUAAUAUUAAGUGCUAUAAGAUACGAGAAGCAUAAUCUUUUACAGAAUUUUUAAGAUUAUAAAAAAUAUGAAUAAUGAAAAUUACGAAAUACAUAGAAAAAUUUUAUAUACAAACAAAAGAAAGCAUGUUCGGGAAGCUCAAUAAUAUCGUGACUCAUAACUGUUCCUUCUCACAUAUAAAAUAUCGUAUCUGUCAUUAUCAACAAAAGUUAUCAAUUAUUAUUUAGUCAUAUAAUAUUAUUUUUAACAAAAGAUUUAAUUAUUGUAAAGAUAAUUGAUAAUAUUUUAAAGUACUUUCUUUACUUAUACAUAGAAUAUAUUCGAUAACAGUGAAAACGAAAUUCAAUUAAUAUUCGUGACUCAAUUUUAUCAUAUACAUUUCGAUAUCAAAUAUCUUUAAACGCGUUUUUUCAAUCUAAUUCUCUAAAUUCUCCAAUUCUCUAAACGAUUAUCUCAGAAAAAGGAGACUAACUGAUCGAAAAUUUUCCAACGGAUGUCUGAAAUCAAAAGCAUAAACCGGCAUAUAAUAAGCUUAUAAUAGUAAACCAUGAUUAAGUAAUCGUUCAAAUUGGACAUUAAUUAUUCUAUUAUUUUUGAUCACGAUAGAUAGGAACGAUGCGGAAGUCUCUUUUUCGUCGACACUGGUACGUGAACUUCUCUUCGUUCUUGGUUCGUCUAAAUUGGACGUGAUGUCAGCGAGCGUUUCUACUCGUAAUUGUACAACUAACGAAGGACAAUCAGAGUGGAGCAUUGUCGUAUCGGUCUUAUUCUUUCGAAUCGACCUCGUGACACGUAAUCAGUUUUUAUUCACGCAAUUGAUACACAACUCUUUUUUGCAAACAAAGUUUUUCAUCUUCAUUUUAUUCUCUUUUAUUUCGUUUCAGCGUAUCAAGCAUAUUUAUAAUAUACAUUAUUAUGCAUGUUACGUAGGAUAGACAUUUGAUUAAUAAUUAAGUAUAUUAUAUUUUUAUUUCUUUUAAUAUCUAAAGAAAAAACAAAUAAAAGAUAAUCGAUUCUUAAGAAUUCAUUUUUCGCAUAGAUUAUAAAAUUCAUUUAAAAAAGUGUUAAUGCUUAAAACUAUUAUGAUAUAAGAUUUACACACACACACGCGCACACACACACAUACAUACAUACAUACACACGCACACGCACACAUAUUGCUUCUUUUAGUUAGAAUUUACCUUGAUAAUAAAUAUGAUCCCCCGUUAUUGGUAGGUCCGUUAUGUUUGCAUACUGCGACUCGUGUCUAUCAAUGCGAAACAGUGUUUGCACGCUUAACCAAGUACAUGCAGAAGAAUAUACACACACUGAGAUGCGCGGGCGUGUACACUAUCAUGGCUGAUUUUUUUCCUUCGAAACGAAGAGCGAGUGAUCCAUACAUGGUAACGGUGAGAAGACUGGCUUACGCGUUGCAACGCGUAACCCACCCUACCUGCUCUCCUGUCGCCACUCGUUCGCCUUCCGUUCUUUUCUCCUGCUUAUCCGCAAUAUUUGGGUGUGUACGUUUGUGACUCACGUAUCGACUUUUCUCCCAGCCAACUUCGAAUAAGCAGGGUGGGUUUAAGGCACACCCAUCAUCCAGCUAAGGGUAGAGAAAAUAUAUAUGUUAAUAUAAUUUUUAAAUUUAAUUAUAAGCAUAUACUUAUAUUCUAUAAACAGAAAAAAAAUAAAAAAUGUUAUAUUUAUUAUAUUUUAUAAUGUAAAUAAAUUAAAAAAAUUUUUAAUUAAUAAA